CUUCCUAUUGGCUGUUUGAGUCGCCCCGCCAGAGAAGAGAAGAAACAGCGCCAUAAUUAAACAGUGUUCAACUUCUGUUUCCUUCGGGCUGUUUUCGAUCAAAUUAACGAAAACAAUAUCAAGAGAAUCGUGAGUAAACUUGUUUUACUGAGUUUGUGGUGUCGUUACAUCGUUAAACGUCAUCACAGAGAUUGUAGUUAUUCGGUAUGUUAAGCUAACUGAGGCAGCUGAUGCGGUUCGAGCUGGAAGCUAACGUGGCUAACGUUAGCUGUUGGUGAGUCGCCGCGGUGUUUCCAGAGUUCUGCUUCCCGCUGACGGUGACUCUGUGUCGGCCAGGGGACGGAUGAGCAUCCCGGUGAACCUCCAGGCUCUGCCGUCCGGAGUCUUUGAAUCCGUUUUCAAACAGGAGAACAUCAGAGGAAGAAGCUCCAUGAACUCUCUCACUGCGCUCAGUUUCCCCAAAUCCAGAUCAGCUCUGUGGGAUGGCAGCCCUGCAGGAGAGAAGCUCCGCCUCCAGCUCUGUGCUCGCAGGAAGCCUCGCUUGGUGCUGCUGGAGAAAGCUCUGCGUCUGGCUCAGCGUCACGCCCGUCAAAGCAACAAGCCCCGCCUCCACUGCUUCUUCCUGGGAUCAGUGUCUGUCGAUGCAGAUGAGGAGGGAGUCACUGUGACUCUGGACCGCUUUGAUCUGGGUCGGGACCAGGCCGGAGCCUCAGGCAGGGUUCCCUCUGCUCUGCUGCCCGGAGACGCCGUGGUUCCCUGUUUGUUCUCGUCACAGGUCGAAACCACACCUGACACUGUCAUCCAAUCAGAGGCUGAGCUGCAUCACUGCUUCAAGGUGUUGCAGCAGUGUGUGAGCAGUAGACUCUCUCUGGAUCUGAGUCAGCUGUUGAAGCUUCGUGGUCAUGUGACAUGCUCUCAGCAGUCUGAUGUCACAGCGUUCAGUCUCAGCUGGUCAUCUGUUUGUCCGUCCGUCAGCGUGGACGUGCAGCCGGUCAGAUCCAUUCCCAUCAUACCCACCGCUCUGCUGCGAAGUCUGACCAGCAUCAACAGACCUCUGCCCAACGCCGCCAACCGCCAGAGAGGGUUUCUGACCAUGGACCAGACCAGGAAGCUGCUCCUGCUGCUGGAGUCUGACCCUAAAGCCUCCACACUGCCGCUGGUUGGACUGUGGCUGAGUGGAGUCACACACGUGUACAACCCUCAGGUGUGGGCGUGGUGUCUGAGGUUCCUGUUCAGCUCCGCCCUCCAGGACAGAGUUUACUCAGAGAGCGGCUGUUUCCUCCUCAUUCUGUUCGCCUCCACACACACACCUCCUCAGGUGUUCCAGUGUCGAGCACCAGGACCAGGACCAGGACCACAGCUGGACUACCAGCUGCUCACUGCAUCCCAAUCUGUCACACUGUACCAGGCCGUGUGUGUGGAGGGUCGGACUCUGAGCUGUGAUCUGGAUCUCAGCAGACAGACUCAGGUGUUCAGAGACGCCCAGAGCUCCUUCAACAGCGUUGUCCUGUCUGCUGCUGGUCUGUCUGUCAGCGAUCAGGACUCUGGAGUGGAAGAUGAAGAUCUGUCUCCACGCCCGUCCCCGAGCCCCCACCCCCCCGCCCAGCAGUCUCGCAGAGUUCAGCCGUCUGUUCCUGAACUUUCUCUGCUGAUUGACAGCAGCUUCUCCUCCAAUCACAACUGGCAGGACGCUGGCUCCGCCCACAGACCUCCUCCCCCCACUGACAGGAAGUCUGCUCCUCCUACCAGAAACAUCAACUCAGCCCCCAAACCGGCUCCUCCUCCUCAUCUCCACAGCACCCCCAACUCCAACCUGCAGCAGCCCUGCACCUGCUGCUCCUCCCACACUUACAACUGCACCUCCAUCUUCUCCUCCUCCACAGGACUCCACCCUGCACCUUCUGUUUUCCCUCAUCCUCACAACACCCCUCCUCCAUCAUCCAAUCAUCCAUCAUCCCAUCAUCAAACUCUUUCUACUCUCUCCUGUCCUCACUCUGCUUCUGUAUCUCCUACACCUGCUUCUUUUCCACAUCACCACAACACUCCUCCUCCCUCCUCCCAUCAUCAAACUCCUCCUCCCUCCUCCUAUCAUCAAACUCCUCCUCCUCCUCCAUCCUCCCAUCUAUCCUCCCAUCACUACACUCCUCACACUCCUCCUCCUUCCAGUAACCAUCCAUCUCCUCCUCUGUCCUCCCAUUACCGUACUCCUCCUCCCUCACAGAGUCCCUCCUCUCCUCCCUCUGGUCCUCCUCUUCCCUGUCCCUUCAGCCUCCCCCCUGCAGACCCAGUGACUCCUGCCCCCUGGCUCCCUCGUCCGCCUUGUGUGAAUCAAUGCUGUGAUCAGGGGGGCGGAGUCACACCAGUCGACACCUACCAGCUCCUCCUCCUUCAGGACAGACAGCUGCGCCUCCUGCAGGCUCAGGUGCAGAUGUUGUUGGAGGCGCAGGGGAAAUGUCAGACCUCCAGCCAGCAGGCCGACACUCAGACGCCACGGAGCACCGCCAGCGUCGCCGUGGGAACAGGGGCCAGUCUGUUCUGGGGGGAUCCUGGGCAGGAGGUCCAUGCUCCUCCCACCUCCUACAACAGCCCCUUGUCCUCACCCAGACCCCCCCCACACACUGACACAUCUGCUGAGGAUGCUGACGUCCUGGAUCAGAAGGCUGCUGCAUACAGCUUCAGCGGGCUGCAGAGUCCCGUCCUGGGGGAGAGCGCCAGCAUGUUCACGCCUGCAGACGAGCAGCAGAGCUUCUACCACAACCUGCAGAAUCAGCUCAACAGCCGUCUGCAGGAGCCCGGCGACUCCAGGAGAAACAGCCCCCCUGCAGCUCCUGACCGCUCACACUCCUCCGCCUCCUCCUCCGCCGCCUCCUCGGCCUCCUCCUCGGCGUCCCGGGGGAAGCAGCAGCGAGGAGGGGACCCGGUGGUCAGCGCCACUCUGAGGCAGCUGCAGCAGCUCGGAGUGGAUCUGCACGAACAAGAUCUGACGGAGUCUGAAAGAAGAAAGCACCAAACUGUGGAGAGCAGCAGCACGUUGGCGUCCAUCAACCCGUUGGCGGUCCUGUCCAGACUGAGCGUGUCCGAGCCGUCAGCCAGCUCUCUGUUUCCUGAAGGCAGCGUGGAUUUGAGUCUGGAGGCCAACGCCAUUGCUCUGCGCUACCUCAGCGACUCUCAGCUCAGCAGGCUGUCUCUGGGAGGCCACGCCCCCCAACUAGCCCCCACCUCCUCCAAUGACUCGCUGAUGUCGCCUAGCAACAUGUCUAUGGCCACCAGGAAGUACAUGAAGAGGUACGGCUUGAUCGAAGAGGAAGACGAGGAGGAGCAGGAGGUCGAUGCUCGCCGCCCACUGACUGAAGCUCUGAACGUGAAGCUCCUCCCACAGAGUCAGCUGAUCAGAGACCUGAGGCCCAAAAUGCAGCUGUUAGCUAGCAGCUCCAAACCGCUAACCAGCGACAAGGAGAACUGUUCCAGCGGGCGGCCAUCUUUAGUGAGGGCGAGCAGCCGUCAGACAGAAGGAUCAGUGGGGAACAUCCUGGACCUGAGCCGUCUGAGACAGCUACCCAAACUCUUCUGACCCCAAAAACCAGAUUCUCAUAGGACCAGAACCUGCUGAGACUUUUAUAGAAACUUUAGUUUUUUAGACAAUCUGGUGUAGUCCAGAACCUGCUGAGACCAGCAGGAGACCAGCAGGAGACCAGCAGGAGACCAGCAGGAGACCAGGGGUGUGACCGAUCCUGCAGACUGUCAGAUAUAAGCUGGACUCCGUUGUGAAUGAACGGACUCAGUUUGGACUCCAUGAAAACCAGGACCUUUAGUCUGACAGCAGAGACCAGAACACCAAGACCUUUAGUCUGACAGCAGAGACCAGAACACCAGGACCUUUAGUCUGACA